AUGCCUCAAGUCGUGCCUGAACCAGUUAGACCUUCACAAGCAAGAACACCUCCGGGUAUGCCGGUGUCUCCAAUCCGUUCGCAUGUUGUCACUGUCCCAGGUAGAUACCAACCCCCACCUCGUGAGUGGAGCAUGUUUCCUGGUGCUGCCCACGGAUAUGGUGCUCGACCUGCUCCUUAUGCCACAGGAUACCCUUGGCCGAAUCUUACUCAACCAUUUCAGCCCCCUCAACCUGGACCAACGGGAAUCACCCAAGGUCGUUACGCUCCUCCGGUUGCGGCUCCUUAUACAACUGGCCUACCGUCAGUCUCAACCCGUCGUCGUGACCGCAAGCUCAAGGCGAGCGACAUGGGCGAGUUCAACGGACAGGGUGUCACUCUGUUUGUCCAGAGAAUCACUUCCAUGGUCAACCGAUACGGACAUGACGCGGUCCUGGAAAUCGCAGACGACUUCCCCAAUGCCCAAGUUCGCGUGGACAGCGGCUCGCAGGCCGUAGUCGGCACCGUGCGGCGCCUGCUCGUCGCCUCCUGCAUUCGACGGCAAGACCAUCGCACGCAUUCCCCCACUCAUCUGCUACGACGUUUCCUGUCCGUCUGGCGAACACGCCGACGCGCAGUACCUGUGCCGGGCAGAGUCCUCGGCCAGGGUCUCACCUUGACUCGGGCUCACCGCGGAAUCCUCGUGGAACCUAGCCACUACACUGCGGUCGAGGCACAGAAUGCGGAUCGAAUACAUCGACUGCGCUGUCGGACCGACAAGCGUCGCUUCUACCGCCUUGUCAAUCCCGAAUGGCGGAUCGAGCGGUUUCUCAUCGAGUCCUAA